AUGCUUGCCGCACCGGGCAUCGCCAGCGCUGCCGCGGAAAAAACACUCCGCAUCGGCACGAUCACGCCUGGCAGCCACUUCUGGACACAGACCAUGGACCGGGUCGGGGCGUCGAUGGCGGAAAAGAGCGGCGGCAAGUUCGACACUCAGGUAUUCCCGUCGGGCCAGCUGGGCAACGAGGCAACCAUGAUCCAACAGCUCCAGUCCGGUGGUUUGGACAUGGGCUUCCUGACGGUGGCGGAGUUCUCAAACCGUCUUGAUGACAUGGCAGCCCUAUUCACACCUUAUCUGGUGCAAAAUGUCAGCCAGGCGUCCAAGCUGCUGACCGGUCCCACGGCAACGGGAAUGCUAGAACAGUAUUCAACAUUGGGCAUGAAGGGUCUUGGUUUCGGACUGGGUGGAAUGCGUCACCUGAUAUCGCGCGAGCCGGGAUUGUCGUCGGCUGAUCUGGCCGGACGCAAGUAUCGCAUCACGCCGUUUGCACCGCUGCGGGACUUCUAUGAGCUGAUGGAUGUAGCCCCCACACCGGUGCCCCUACCCGGUCUGUUUGAUGCGCUCGCAAAUGGCCAGGUCGAUGGCGCUGAUAUCGAUCUGGAGUUGGCCUGGAAGCUCAAGCUUUAUGACCAGGCGCCCAACCUGACGAUCACAAGCCAGAUGAUGUUCCCGGUGGUUGCCGUGGUUUCCGGCCGGUAUUGGGCUGCUCUGAGCGACGACGAAAAGCAGAUGCUGUCGCAAUCUGUCUCCGAGCAGAUCGAUUGGCUCUUCGCCCAAUAUGUCGAGUUCGAGCCGAAAUGGCUGAAUGAUCUCAAAGGUACCGGGAUCAAUGUUGUCGAUGCAGAGCCAGGUUUCUUCGGGGACACGAUUUCCGAAUGGAAGAGCAUCUGGGAACCAAAGGCACCGUCCAUCGCAGCAUUGCAAAAGGAAGCAAAGAUGCUUGCGGGUUAA